AUGACUUCUCAAUCUUCAAGUGAAAUUAACGAACAAAACGCACCCGAUGAAAACGAGCAAAACCCAAGUGAGGAGCCAAAUAAUGAAGAUUAUACACAAAGAAAGCGCGUUCGAGUUGGUUCUCAUCCUGAUGAAGAUUCUGACACAAAAAUAAAUAAUGAAAACACAAAUAAACCUAUUAAUGAAUUAUUAUCAUCAUCGGUAACAAAUGUUGAAAAUCAUGAAACAACUGAGCAUAAGAAAACGACGAGCAGUACUGGCCUUAAAAAACGGCGUAAAUUAAAUAUUGGUAUUGAAGAAAUGAUUAGACAAGAUGAGAAAACAAAUGAUUCUAUGCGAACUACAAAAAGGAGCGCAUCCAAAGAUGAAUCAACAGCAACCGAUGAAGACGAUGACGAUAAUGAAAAAAAACAUGAUGAUGAAGACGAAGACGAAGACGAAGCAGAUGAUACUAAUGAACAAAAUAUUUUACCACCAACAACAAAUCGUUAUUUACGGCUUCGACAACGUCAACUUGGCAUAUUUCAUCGGCCGAGAGAACGCACAACAUGUCGAGCUUUUCAUAAUCAUAUGAUAGCUGAUCCAAAUCUUAUCCAACGAAUGAAAGUAUCACAUACUCUCGAUGGGCAUAAUGGCUGUGUUAACGCAUUAGCAUUUAAUAGAACUGGAACAUUAUUAGCAAGUGCUUCAGAUGAUUUACAAAUUAUUUUAUGGGAUUGGGCAUCAAAUCAAGCAGCUGUUGCCUAUGACAGUGAACAUCAUAGUAAUGUGUUUCAAGCAAAAUUUAUACCAUUUUCUGAUGAUUGCAGAAUUGUAAGUUGUGCGCGAGACGGUCAAAUUCGUUUAGCUGAACUUCAUCCAGAUGGUUCAUUAGCGCGUACGAAAAAAAUUGCUCAACAUUCAGCCUCAGCUCAUAAAUUAUCCAUAGAUAAUAUAACAGGUACUGAUAUAUAUUCAUGUGGUGAAGAUGGGAUUGUUUUUCACGUUGAUAUUCGAGAAAAUAAAUCAAAUAAAAUACUAUCAGUAAGUAGUGACGCCAUGAAUAGUUUACCUCUAUAUUCAAUUGAACUGAAUCGUAAUAAUCAAAAUGAAUUUGUUAUUGCUGGUAUGGAUCCGUAUAUACGUGUUUUUGAUCGUCGAUAUAUUGAUUCGGUUACAGCAAGACCAUUGAAAAACUUUUGUCCAGACUUAUUAAAAAAAAUUGAAGACCGCCAAAGACAACCAUCGGUUACAUGUGCUGUUUAUAAUUAUAAUGGCACUGAAAUUCUCGGCUCCUAUAACGAUGACGACAUUUAUUUAUUUGAUGCAACGCAUUCCGAUGGUGCAGAUGCUAUUCAUCGUUAUCGUGGCCAUCGAAAUAGUAAUACAGUGAAAGGCGUUAACUUUUAUGGUCGUAAUUCUGAAUAUAUUAUUAGUGGCAGUGAUUGUGGUCAUGUAUUUAUUUGGGAUAAAGACUCUGAAAAAUGUAUUUGGUUUGACAAAGGUGAUGAUGAUGGUACAGUAAAUGUUCUUGAACCGCAUCCACAUUUUCCCAUAAUCGCCACAAGUGGUCUUGAACACGAUGUCAAAAUAUGGGCACCGCUAAGUAACAAAUCUGUCUGUUAUAAACGACUUAAAAUGCUAAUGAAAAGAAAUGCUCGUGAACGUGAACAUGAACUUCAUUUUGCUACUGUACUCGAUACAGAUACAGGUGGUCUACUACGUCUAAUGCGUCCAGUCUUUCGAAGAAUCGUUCGAAGAGCUAAUGCUGAUGAUGACGACGACAACAACGAUGAUGAUGACGAUGAUGACGAUGAUGAUGACGAUGAUGACGAUAACGAUGAUGAUGAUGAUGAUGAUGAAACUACAAGACGUGCGCGACGCAUUUACUCAUUCGAUUGUGCGCCAUCAUAA